AUGGCUAUGGCCUUGGUGGGAGGAGCAUUUCUCUCUGCCUUUCUUCAAGUGUCAUUUGAUAGACUCGCAUCUAGGAGGGUCGCCGACUUUCUUCGGGGACAGGACCUCGCCGGUGAGCACUCAAUGAAGCUGAAGAGAGCAUUGCUGUCUGUGGAUCAUGUGCUCACAGACGCGGAGGAAAAGCAAUUUACAGAUGCAGCUGUAAGAGGCUGGCUUCAUGAGCUGAAAGAUGCUGUCUAUGAUGUGGACGACCUCUUGGAUGAGAUUGAUACUAAAUCUAAGGUAAAAAGCUCCAUCGCUGAUCGUUUUUCCAAUAAUAUAAAACAACAGAUAAUACUUGCAGUAGAAAUACUAGACUCUUUUGCACAAAGAGCGAAUCCUAUGGGUCUAAGAGGAGAUGUUGGAGAGAAUCCAUUUAAAGGGAUAUUGCCUAGGGCUUCUUUGGUUGAAGAUCAAUCUCUUAUUUCCGGUAGGCAUGAUGAUAAGGAAGCCAUAAUUAACUUGUUGCUCUCAGGUGAUCAUGCAAAUGGAAAUGAGAUAGAUGUGCUUGCCAAUAUUGUUGCCAUAGUCGUCACUGGAGGAAUUGGCAAGACCUUCUUUGCUCAGCAAUUAUACAAUGACAACAUGGUGAAGGAGCAUUUUAACCUUCAAGCAUGGGUUUGUCUUUCAGAAGAAUUGGAUUCGUUCAAGUUAACAAAAACAAUUGUUGAGGCAAUAACCUCAUCAAUUUGUGAUGCUGAGGAUAUAAAUCUUCAAAUUACACUAAAAAAGAAGUUGGUGGGUAGGAAAUUUCUACUUGUUUUAGAUGAUGUUUGCAAUAAGAAUUAUGCUGGUUGGGAGGUCUUAGGCAAUUCCUUUAAAGUCGGGGCACCAGGAAGUAGGAUAAUUGUAAUAACACGAGAUGAUGAUGUUGCAUCAGCUAUGCGUCCUAGUACAACUCGUCAUCUGAAGAAGAUACCAGUAGAAGAUGGAUGGCCAUUGUUUGUAAGCCAUGCAUUCUAUGGUGGUAACUCUAAUGCACAUCCACAGCUAGAGGAAUUAGGUAGACAAAUUGUGGAAAAGCUAGAGGACUUAGGUAGACAAAUUGUGGAAAAGUGUGAUGGCAAUCCUUUGGCAAUCAAGGUAAUUGGGGCUCUCUUAAGGUCUAGAUUGGACGUUGAUGAGUGGAAGGAAGUAUUGGAGAGUGAAUUAUGA